AUGCGCAAAGCAGCAGAUUCUCCAGAUGAGAACUACGACAAUAACAAUGAUUUGCCAACAGCGUCGACUCCGAAACGGCAGAAGCGAGGCCCGGGACCUGAUACAGUCCUAAAAGUGAACGGAUACGGGCUGAAUGGCGACGUCACUCCGUCAAAGCGAGCGCGUAACACGCCGAAAAAAGUCGAUACGCUGACUGCAUCUGGUCUCAAGACACCAACACACAAGGCAAAGGCGAAAUCAUUAUUUACGACGCCGAAGAAAGAUGUUACUGCUACACCGUCAAGAGUCAGGAAUGCCGACCGUUCAGCCAAGAGGAAGAGUGCAAAGAUACUACUCGAGCAGGACGAUGAAGAUAGCUGGGACGGCGCGGAUAAGCUCGCGGAGGAGAUUCUAGAAGAAGACAACUCGAAAACUAACGGCGUAAUCCCGACGACAGAGAAGGAUGGCGAUGCACCAGCUGCUGAACCGCCUGUGAAACGCCGAGCAGGUCGACCCAAAGGCGCAAAGAACAAACGAUCGCCGACUCCAGAAGGAGACAUACCACCUCACGAACGUUAUUUUUUCCAGAACCGACCGGGGCCGCCCAACACGUCUAAUAAUAACCUAAACAAAGUCUCGCUGCUGGCACAUGAUGAAUAUUUUGAGUUGCUCGGCCGAUACGACGAUCCAUUUAGCGAGGAGAAAGAGUUACUACUGAAUAUCCAUCGUCGCUCAUUUCCCCAAUGGAACUUUGAAUUUGAUGAAAAAUUCAACAUUUGUUUAUAUGGAUAUGGCUCGAAGAGAGGCCUGGUACAAAGAUUCGCGGACUGGCUAUACGGGCAUUCCGAGUCACACCAACCCAUCAUUAUGGUAAAUGGCUAUGCUCCGAAUACAUCUGUCAAGGCAAUACUCACCGCGAUUGCAACGGCGGUGUGUGGAGAUGAUGUACCCUCCAAAAUCGGCGGAACACCCAGCGAAGCACUCGAGUUUUUACAAUCAGCUUUACAGUCGAGGAAAACGCCAAUAACGGUAUUGAUUAACUCGAUUGAUGCGCCGCCUUUACGAAGACUUGCGCAUCAGGCGCAACUGGCUCGACUGGCUGCACUUCCUAAUGUCAAUCUUCUGGCUACUGUUGACACGCCGAAUUUUCUGACCAUGUGGGAUGUCAGUCUUCGUGAUCAAUUCAACUUUGUAUUCCACGACUGCACUACGUUCGUACCCUUGGAUGCAGAGAUGAAUGUUGUGGAUGAAGUCAACAAUCUUCUAGGAAAGAAGGGCCGACGCGUGGGUGGCAGAGAAGGUGUCGCAUUUGUGCUCAAGAGUUUACCCGAGAACGCGCGGAACCUUUACCGAUUACUCCUCACUGAAGUCUUGACGCUACAAUACAGUGAUGGUAAUGGAGGGUUCAGCGAUGAUGAAGACGGCCAGGACCAACCUCAAAGACAGACGCUUGCCAAGGGCGAUAGGCGUGAAGAGCCCGGUAUUGAGUUCAGGAUGUUGUAUCAGAAAGCUGCGGAGGAAUUCAUUGCGUCGUCUGAGAUGAUGUUCCGGACGUUGUUGAAGGAGUUCCAUGACCAUCAAAUGGUUACUUCGCGGAUGGACGCGACGGGUACGGAGACGCUGAGUAUUCCGUUGUCGAGGGAGGAAAUGGAGGGUGUGUUGGAGGAUUUGGUGUUGAGUUAG